UGUUGUCUCUUGUACAGCAACAAUAAAGUAUUAUUAAAUUAUAAAUUUGAUAAAUAUUCCGAAAUGAAUUAAACUUUCAAAAUGGUAGAGACGGACUGGAGAGAACUACUAAGUUUCUCUCAAAGGGAACUCAAAGAGGUCGACAAAGAGAAGCUUUGCGAGUCAUUAUCAUGGAUGGAAGCUGAUGAUAUUGAACUAAAUUUUACGGACUUGAAAACUUUAUUUCGCCUCGCGCAGGAUAUUCUGAAGUUUAAAAAUGAGCAGGUAAACAAUUUGCUUGGCCAGUUAGAAACUCAAAGAAAAGGCAGCAAAGGGAAAGUGAAAGGGCAGUAUGUGGCGUCACCGACAAGAAGCAACGACAGUGUUUUAGACACGAUAGCCGACCAAGAAGAAGUUAUUAAGGCAAAUAAAGAAAUACUUGAGCAACUUUACUCAGACAUAGCCGAGCUGGAAGGAAAAAAAUCCAAGCUAGAAGAAAGGAAAAACGAGGAUGACACGGAGUCCAGCAGAGACGCGUUGUCUGAAAUGAAUGCUGUGGCCCAACUCGAGAAUGAGAUGACACUAAAGAAUAGACAUAUCAGGAAACUACUCGGUGAUGUCAAGGUCUUAGAGGAUGACAAUAAUAAAUUAAAAGAAAAGGUUUCAGUACUAAAAGAUAAACUUACAGAAGCUACAGCAGUUAUAGAAAAUCUGACCGACAAAGUCUACGCCAUGAACGAAGAAUGCACUAAGUUAAAAGAAAACUUAGGGUACACUAAACAAUCAAAAACACAGCUCUCGGUCGAGAUAGAGACUCUGAAAAACGAACUACAAGAAAGUGAAACGAAGAAAGAAAGCUUUCUGGCAGACAUCAAAGCUAAGGCUCAACAUUGGAAGGACGUAGCACGUGCAAAAAGAAGUGAAAUAGAGGCAUUGGAAAAUGAAAAUACAAAAUUGAAGGAGGAAUUAAUUCAAACUUCUAAAGUGGUAUCUCCUAAACGCAAAUCAUAUGCAGAAGAAUACAAACUAAAGGAGUUACAAGAAAAAUUAUCAGAAGCUUCACAUAAGUUACUUCAAUCUGCAACAUUAAUAGAACGUUUAAAAUCGGAAAACGAACAUCUAAAAUCAACUGUAGAUGAUACAGCGGAGUGCUCUAACAUUGACGUCAAAAACGAAAGUGAUGAAGGAAAAGAAAUAAUUAUCAUUAGCAAACUGAAGAAAAGAAUAAAGUCACUGACUACUGCAUUAUCGGAAUCUGAUGUAUUAAUAGCUUCUAGGGAAAAAGAGUUAGCUGAAAUUGCAGCACGAUUACAACUGGUUGAAAAGGACGAAGGUGUUAAAGCCUUAGUUGAUAGUUUGAAGCAAAAGAAACAACAGUUAAAAAAUAAGAAUGAAGAACUUAGAAAAUUAGUAAAGGAAUUCAAUUCGUUAAAUGAAAUCGUGGACCACUUACGACUUGAAAAUGAGACUAUGAGGCAACAACUAAAUAUUCCUCCUGGAGAAGCAAUUGAUUCCAAGGACAUCGUAAGUAAAUAUCAGGCUAUUGGUAGCCAAAACAUGGUACUAACGAAGGAAUUAAGAGCAAUGGAAAAUAAACUCGUUUCUGUGGAGCUUGAAAAUCGCGGUUUGAUUACAAAACUAAAUAAAUUGAAAAAGUUUAUCUUCGACUCUGGGUAUGGAGAAGAACAAAUUGAAGAAAUAUGCAAUGAUGAAAUGCCAAUGGAUGGCGGAGGAGAAUCUUCUCGCUAUUUAGCUACAGUCGCUCGGAAAAAUGAAAAUGAAAUUAUGAAACAGAAUGAAGAACGAAUCGCCGAAAUGCAAGCUAUAACAGAGGAAAAUGAGGGUCUUCGUAAAGGCCUCCAAGACAUAUUAAACUUCUUAAAGGAUAAUAGUAAAACAACAUCUGGAGUAUUAGAAUUGCAAUGUCCGAGUUUGGAAGCGGUCUUGAAUUCCAUGGAAGCUCGGCACUCAGCCGGUUGGUUCGCGCCGCACAUGGCAGCCGUUAUGGAGCUGAAAGCAGCUCUGGGUGGUAGAGACGCUCUACUUACCGCUUUGCAUGAAGCAAGGAAAGAGACAUUUGAUGUGAUGGAUAAACUUUCACAGGAAUCUAUGAAAGCUACUAAACUAGAGGAAAAAAUAUCCCAAAUUGAAUCUACGACAAAAUCUGAUGUGAAUGAAAAUGUAAAUGUAACUUCUAAUGCAGAUGUAAACAUUGGUGAAUUUGGAUCUUGGAUAGCUGAAGAACACGAUGCUAUAGAAUUAAACGAUAAGAACGAUAUCAUAAAUUAUAUUGCUAAACGGGACUCUGUGUAUGAGGAUCAAUUGAAAUCUGGAUUAGCAUAUUUUCAUAAAAAACUAAACGCAUUAUACAACAAAAUGACAGCACUAGCGGUCCAGGCCGCUGAUGAUCGAAAUAAUUGGAGAAUAGAAGAAGAACAGUACAAGGCUCAAAUACAGAACUUGAAGUCUCAAAUAGUAGAAAACAUGGACGAUAGUAUAAGUGAAAAUUCUCCAGGAUUGAUCCACAUCCCUGAUGCUGCUGUUUUAGAACGUAGAUGCUCCUACUUGGAAGAAAAUUACAGGCAUAUUAGAACCUUGAAUGAAAAUAUAAGGAACGAACUUUUGGAUUGUCAAAGAGAUGCCAUGUUAGCAGCGUCACAAUACGAAACUCAAAUCAACAGAUUUAUUUUCACUGUAGCAGAUCUCACAGACAAGUUGAGAAAAUCCAUAUCGAUUGAUUUAUUUUGGAAACAAAAUAACACGUUAUCAGAUGUCAUUACGAAAUAUCGAAAAUCAUUAAAUGACAACGUAAACGCUCGAGAUGAACCGUUUAACUUAAUAAAGCGGUUAGAAAACGACAAGAUUGAAGUACUAAAUUCAAUAAGAGAAUAUAUCAAGGAAUAUUCCAGUGAUGAAGGUGCAGCGAAAGAUAUUUUAACUUCUCCACAGUCGGAUCUAUUUCAAAAACAGAUACAACAGUUGUGUAAUGAAUUAAAUGAAAAAGAGAAAGAGAUAAAAUAUCUGCAAGAGAAGAAUAUUGAAUUUCAAACUUCACAAUCCAAACUUAUUGAUGAUAAUUUGGCUACUCAACCAAAUAAAGAUAAUGACGAUUUGAAAAACCAAUUACAUAAAAUCAUGGAAGAAAACAAGUCUCUUAAAGAACAAAACCAAUAUACCACGAGUCAAUUAAACAUUGCAUUAUUGCAAUUGCAGGAUAUUCAACAUAAGAAACUUGAUAAUGACGUGGAAAUCAAUUUGUUAAGACAUCAAAUAUUAGAUUUGCAAUCUGCUGGAGACAAUAGAGCUAUUGUGGCCAGGCUCAGUGGUGAAAUUUUGAUUGCCCAUUUGCAAGCCACGGAAUUUCAAAAGAAAAUUGAGAAAUUGAACUUAACAUUGACCAAUGAAAGGCGUAUGCGGGUUGAGGCUGAAGAAAUGUUCAAAGCACGACAAAAUGUUUUUAAUUUAUACGCACACAGAUAUGAAACUAAAUUUGGGUAUUUGCACGAAGUGAUGCAAGUUCUGCGUCAGCAGUAUCAGGGAUGCAUACCUUUGACCUCUUUAGAGAAAUAUCAAAACAACUUGGAAGAAUUAUCCCGAAAAACGUACUCGGUUAAUGCUAAACUCAAUGAAAUAGAAGACUUACAAGCUAACCUUAUCAUAAAACAUAGCGUAUAUGAACAAAUUUUGGAUAUAUCUAAAAACAAAUGUUUGGAAGAAGAUGAUGCAUGCCAACAUAAGUUGCAACUACUGGUGACGCAAAGCAAGUAUUCCCGAGAAACGGAUUAUUUGAACAAGAAAAUUCACACACUCGAGCAAUCCAUCGGUGAAAUUACUAAGCAUUGUAAUUAUCUAGAAAAAACAUUACUGCUAAUAAAUCAUGGCGUAGAAAAAUCGUCGACUAAUGGCAUUAUUCGUACAAAUCAUAUGAAUGGAAACGCUAACGCGCCAAACAUGGAAGUUGAAGAUCUUAUAUCAGACGACGAUUCCGCAUCUCGAAAAAGCCUAACGAUAACUUUACUAAAGCCAAAAGUUUUAAAACCUUCAAUCGUAACUUCUAAUAAAAUAAACACUAAUUAUGAAAAAUAUGCAGACAUAUUGCCUGGCUCCCCAGUUAAAAUACUCGAUAAAAAAGAAACAGUCCAUGUUCUCGUUCAAACUAAUUUAGAGGAAAAGAGACGAAUCAAUAAACUCGCACAAACAGAUGAAGAUAUUCAAAUUUCACACUUGAAUAAAAUUAUAAACGACCUUAAAUCAGAAAACGAGAAAAAGAGGAAAGAAAUUAUAGAUGGCAGUACAUUAGCGAAGCAGCAAACAAUAGAUAUUUUAAAUUUAAACACUGAAAAUGUUAGUUUAGAAAGAAAAAUAAAAUAUUUACAAAAAGAAAAUGAUUUAAAAGAUACAUUGAUUCGAACUUUAAACGCAUCUGCAGAUGAUUUAAGAAGGCAACUUGAUACCAAAGAAAUUAAAAUAUCACAGUCAAACGAAAUGGGAGAUUCUGUUCAACAAGAAAAUAAAGCACUUUUGAUUUCGCUUAAGCAAAUAGAAAAGGAUAAAAACACAAUUGUAGAAGAUUGCCAAAAGUUGAUGAAAGCUGAAAGAGAGGAACAUGCCAAAUCUAAAAAAGAUCUACAGACUAAGAUUUUUGAAUUACAAACUCAGCUAGAAAGAAGAGGCAGUGAGUCAGAUGCCUCUUACUCUGAAAAAUUGCAAGAAGUAGUUGCAAAAUAUUCACACAAGAUUUUAGAACUUGAAGAUGAGUGUUUUAAUUUAAGAAACAAGUUAGAUGGAAGUAAGACUGACCUAGUUUCUUACCAAAAUGAAGUAGACCGAUGGAAAAAUUUGGCAUCAGAAAGACUGACUAAAAUGGAACAAUUAAGUUCGCAAUUAGAAGAACGACAUUCUCAUGAAGUGGAGUCAUACAAAGCAGAGAAUCAGCACUGGCUGGUGCAACUAAGCGAGACUCAGCGCGAGCACCUGGGAUUACGGGCCAAACUGUCCGAGCAGAAAGCCGUGCACAUCAAACAAUUAGCUGAUAAGGACGUGCAGAUUGAGCAACUGCGAUCUGCCAUUCAUACUCUGAAGAGCCAAAUAAUGAACAUGCAAACGAUAAUGGCAGUGAACGACCCGAGUUUCGAUUUGUCUGCCAUAGUGGAAGUAGAGGAAGUAAGUGACGGGGUGUCCCAGCAAGGAUCAGAGCGUUUGGAACUUAAGUUCGAUUCUGCACUGGAUCUGCAAGAUCUGCGAGAUGACUCCAGGCUGCCAGCUACUUCGUCAACAAUUUGGCAAGAGCCAAUAAUAGAGCGGCUUCGCCGAGAGAAGCAGCUGAUUAGCAAACAGAACGGGAUGCUACGGCGGCAGAUCAAGGCACUCGCUUCCAGGGAGAGGAGAGCCCGUCUCGACGCACAUAACUUGAAGAAUCAAGUAUUCCGCAUUAGUACAUCAGGCAGCAGGGUGGCUACUGCAGAAACUGCAAGCCUUCACAAUAAAAUUGCAUCGCUGACUGCGCAGCUCUCUAGUGCGAGACGAGACACCAAUACCAGUGUCGCGCUUUGGGAUAAAUGGAAAAAAGCACAGCAAUCCUCAGAUCGCUGGCAGACAAGAUACGAAGAUAAAUGCCAGGAAGUGAAGAAACUGGAAGCAAGCUUGCACCUCGCGAAAUCGACUCUUUCAAGACUAGAGAAGGAAAAACGCGUGUUGCUGUCAAGACUGAAUGAAGUAAAACAUGAAAGCAAGGUUCUGGUAGAGAAGCAAGAAGGAGAAUACUCGGAGAAGUCACUUCGCGAGCAAGACAGCGAUCGCUACGAAUCACCAUCGCCGCUGCCGGUGUCUUCCCGAGCUCUUCUUGAUAGGGUCGAGGCUCAGCAGAGACGGAUCGCUGCACUAGAAGUUGCGGAAAAAGGCAACGAGAUCCUAGUCUCAGAAUACGAGAAAAGCUUAGCCGAAAUCACUGUUCUGAAAGGACAAGUUUUGAAGUUGGAAUCAUCGCUCUUAGAAUCACAGAUUCGAACGCCGAUGAGAACCACACAGGAAACCCAACCGGAAUUAGACUAUUGGAAGAGCUACUGCGAGAUGUUGAAGGAGGAAAAUAUGAACCUGACUAUGCGGAUCAACAGUAUUGAAAUAAGUCCGACCAGUUCCCAUCAACAGCGGAUUAAUGACCUCGAGCAAACAAUACUUACGUUAAGAGGCUUAGUGAGUAAACUCCAGUCUGAGCAGAAGUCUACGUUGCAAAAGCGGACGGAUUCUAGCUCAAGACCCAGCAGCGGGCAUAGUGCAACAGAUAAGACUCGUCAGCUCGAGCCGUACCGCGUCGAAAUAGCCAAUCUGAAACGGACCAUCCAAGACAAAGACCUGUUGUUGGAGAAGUCUAAAGAAAUGCUCAAGAUAGCCGCUGAAAGAGAGGAGGAUCUACUGCAGGAGAACACGUACUUACGCCGUCGUUUAGAGGAACUCACCAAACGCCCUGAAGGAUUUUUGUCUGCUUAACUUACUAUUUUACUAUUACACGCUGCGUUCAAAUAAAUGUAAGGAUAAUUAAUAAUUAA